AUGGAGAACAUGAUGCAGGGCAAUAAGAUCAGACGAGUUGCAGCUACUCGCAUGAAUGAGAGGUCAUCUCGAUCACACACGAUUUUCCGGAUUAUUCUGGAGUCGAAAGAUGCCAAUCAGAAAGAUGGACCUGUACAUAUAAGCUACCUUAACUUAAUGGACUUAGCUGGUUCUGAGAGAGUUUCUCUGACGAAAGCUGCUGGUGAGCGUCUUAAAGAGGGGGCUAACAUAAACAAAUCUUUGUCAGUAUUAGGAAAUGUGAUAAGGCAACUAAGCGAGGGGAAGGAGUUUAUCAGUUAUCGCGAUUCGAAAUUGACUAGACUGCUCUCACAGGCUCUUGGCGGUAAUGCCAAAUCAUUGAUUAUCGGGAAUGAAUGUACAAAUUCAGAUGUAUAUGGAUCUGUAGUAAAACCUUUAGUCGAUUCCUUCAUGGAAGGUUUCAAUGCCACAAUAUUUGCAUAUGGCCAAACAUCUUCUGGCAAAACACACACCAUUUUGGGCAAUAAAACAGAUCCUGGGCUUUUCCAAUUAGUAUCCAAUCAGUUAUUCCAGCAUGUGGCAGACCAGGUUGAUAAGAGGUACUUGAUUAGAUGCAGUUAUAUUGAAAUCUACAAUGAAAAGAUCAAUGACCUCCUGGAUAAGAGCAAUCAGGGUUUAACUAUGAGAAGAUAUCAAAGGAAAUGUGCUGCUUGA